AUGUUUUCGGCGUGGAUGCGAACUCAAGCAGCGACAAGAGCAGAAGCGGUAACCAGCGCUGCCUCCGCCGCCGCCGACCCUAUCGACAACAUCGUCGACGCACGUCCGGUGGCGGUCGAAAUUCCCAUCGACGACGACGAACCAAAUACAACUAUCGAUCGCGUAGGGUUGAACAUCGAUCGACGGUUUACGGUCAAAACGGAUUGGUCGAAGAAGAGCUGGAAGAACCCUGCCGUGCAGCGGAACCAGCGGCUACGCAAGCAAGGCAUGAUUUCCGUCGGUGAACGAACAAUGGAAGCGAUGGAAAACAACCUCUUUUUCGCCAGUAGAGGGGGAAUCCGACGAAAGGUGGAAGCGAUGGAAAAGUACGAAAAAUUGGGGAAAAUCGGUGAAGGAUCUUAUGGUGUGGUCUACAAGUGCAGAAACAGAGAUAAUGGACAGAUUGUUGCUAUAAAAAAAUUCGUGGAAACAGAGGACGAUCCACAAAUCAAAAAAAUUGCGCUGCGUGAAAUUCGAAUGUUAAAGCAACUGAAACAUCCGAAUCUCGUCUCAUUAUUGGAGGUUUUCAAGCGGAAUAGGAAACUACAUCUGGUGUUCGAGCAUUGUGAUCGUACCGUGCUACACGAUCUGGAGAAGUAUCCAAAUGGUGUUCCUGACGAGUUGACGAAGAAAAUAACAUGGCAGUUAUUGGAAGCGCUACGGUUUUGCCAUUCUCAUAAAUGUAUACAUCGAGAUGUGAAACCCGAAAAUAUUCUGCUAACAAAAAACGACGUCGUCAAACUAGCCGACUUCGGAUUCGCACGUAUAAUUAAUCCGCAAGAAAUGUACACCGACUACGUGGCCACACGAUGGUACCGAAGUCCAGAACUCCUCGUCGGCGACACGGUAUACGGUCCACCAGUGGAUAUAUGGGCAGUUGGAUGUGUAUUGGCCGAACUGAUCACAGGUGAAGCACUAUGGCCUGGAAGAAGUGACAUUGAUCAACUCUACCUCAUUAGGAAGACUAUUGGGGAACUCCUGCCACGACACGUGUCCGUCUUCCGCUCGAAUCAAUUCUUCUUCGGUCUUUCCAUUCCAGAACCUGAUCAACAGGAACCAUUACCGCUACGUUUACCGAAUGCAACCAGUGUUCAGCUUGAUUUUUUAUACAAAUGCUUCGAAAUGAGCCCGGAUCGACGAUGGAGCGCUCCCGAAUUGUUGCAGCAUAGUUACUUUAGCGGUUGGCAGUUGCGUUUGCGACAAGAGGACAUUAAUACAUCCGCGAUUAAAAAAAUAUCCAAUUUUCAGCAGCCUUCAACGAAUUAUCUGCCUUACUUGAACGGAAACAAUUUAGACGAAUAUGAUGACAGGAUGAGGCUAUUACGCGGUGAACCGUCAUCAUUUGCACGUACUGGAUUUUACGACAAAUUAUUUAGAACUGGCAACACCAAAACAUGGCAAGGAACGUACCUCUACGAGCCAACCUACGGAUACAAUCCAAACCUACCGAACAACGGACCAUAUUUUGUUUACCGAUACAGUAAUUUCUUUGCUGAUUAA